AUGUCGACGAACGAAGGAGAUCCACCUCCUCCAGUGAAGCGCUACAGACGCGUUGAGAAAUCGUCAGAAUCUGAAACCGAAGAGGUUGACAAUUACGAACCUUAUAUACCAGUGAAAGAAAGAAAAAAACAAAAAUUGCUAAAACUAGGGAGACUCGGUCAACUUGCCGCUGAAGCUUCCACGGAGCCGAAGAGCUCUAGUGAUAACGAUCCAGAUGAUGAAACAUCUCAAGAAGAAUGGGGUCGUCGAUACAAUGUCUCCUUGCUGGACCAGCACAGUGAACUGAAGAGGCUUGCGGAAGCUCGAGCAUUGUCUGCGGCCGAGAGACAGGCCCGGGAGGAGCAGCAUAUCUUGGAGAGUGUGGCGCAGAGCAAAGCGCUAAUGGGUGUAGCGGAAUUGGCUAAAGGUAUACAGUAUGAGGAUCCAAUAAAGACUUCUUGGCGACCACCUCGUUGUAUUCUGGAGCUGCCUGAGGAGAGACACGAGCGUGUCAGGAGGGAGCUGAGGAUACUGGUCGAAGGUGAUGAUGUACCACCUCCCAUCAAGACAUUCCAACAUAUGAAGUUUCCUAAAGGUAUUCUGAGAGGAUUGGAAGCUAAAGGCAUAAAGAAACCCACCCCCAUUCAGGUGCAGGGUAUACCCGCUGUACUCAGCGGUCGCGAUAUGAUCGGUAUAGCUUUCACAGGUUCCGGUAAAACUUUAGUUUUUACACUGCCUUUGCUGAUGUUCUGUCAGGAGCAGGAGACGAAGAUGCCCUUCAUCAGGAACGAAGGUCCAUACGGUCUGAUAAUAUGCCCCUCCCGUGAAUUAGCAAAACAAACGCAUGAUAUAAUACAGCAUUUUGUUAAACACCUAAAACUUGCUGGCUGUCCAGAGAUAAGGAGCUGUCUCGCUAUUGGAGGGGUGGCAGUAUCAGAAUGUAUGGAAGUGGUACAACGUGGUGUCCACAUUAUGGUCGCCACGCCUGGUAGACUUAUGGACAUGCUGGAUAAGAAAAUGGUUCGUUUGAACGUGUGUCGUUACUUGUGCAUGGAUGAAGCGGAUCGUAUGAUCGACAUGGGCUUCGAGGAGGACGUCAGGACUAUAUUCUCUUACUUUGCGGGACAGAGACAGACUCUAUUAUUCAGUGCCACCAUGCCCAAAAAAAUACAGAACUUUGCCAGAUCGGCCCUGGUGAAACCGGUGACCGUGAACGUGGGCCGCGCGGGCGCCGCGUCGCUGAACGUGCGCCAGGAGCUGGAGCCGGUGCAGGCGGAGGCGCGCACGGUGCACCUGCUGCAGUGCCUGCAGAAGACCGCGCCGCCCGUACUCGUGUUCGCCGAGCGCAAGCAGGACGUGGACGCCAUACACGAGUACCUGCUGCUCAAGGGUGUGGAAGCAGUCGCCAUUCACGGUGGGAAGGAUCAGGAGGAGAGAUCGAGGGCAGUGGAAGCGUUCAGGAGAGGGGAGAAGGAUGUACUGGUGGCCACAGAUGUCGCCAGCAAGGGUCUCGAUUUCGCGAACAUUCAGCACGUCAUCAACUACGAUAUGCCCGAGGACAUAGAGAACUACGUCCACCGUAUCGGUCGUACGGGGCGCGCGGGGGGCGAGGGGGUCGCUACCACCCUACUGGGUCGCGCCGCGGACACUAGUGUGCUGAGGGACCUGGCACACUUGCUGCGGGAAGCUGGACAGAAGGUGCCCUCGUUCUUACUGGACAUGAUAGGGGAGCCCGACGUGCCGCAGCCCGACGGGCAGGGCUGCUCCUACUGCGGGGGACUCGGGCAUAGGAUCACAGAAUGUCCCAAAUUGGAGGCGGUGCAAAACAAGCAGGCUUCGAACAUUGGACGUCGCGAUUACUUGGCCAAUACCGCUGCUGAUUAUUAG